UGAUUGUUCUUCCUCACACCAAUGGUUAGUUGGGGCAAUUCCAUAGAUUGCUUGUCUGAUGAGAUGGGAGAUGGGAGAUGAAAGAAAUCACACCCCCGAUUCCAAAUUACAUUUUACUUGUCAUUAAUUUGCCCAAUUUAUUUUUCUCAUUUUCUUUUAUUUAUUUCCAUUUUACUUAAACCCGCCCUAGCUCUCGUUUCCCAAAUCUGAUUUCGCUCGAUCGUGAUUUGGAGAAUCCAAGAGAGAGAAGGACAAUUGUCUAGACACAGAGGAGAAUCCAAGAGAUCGUGAUCGAUCGUGGUUUCUCUCGCUCGCUUUUCCCUCCCUUCACUUCUUAUUUUACGAAGCACAGAGGAGAAUCGAAGAGAGAGAGAAGGAGAUCGAGGCCAUAUGAUUUGGAUCUGUUUUUAUCUGAAUCGAUUUUAGGCCUUCAUGAUCUGGAUAGUCUGAUGCAAUUGCUCUGCCCUAGUUCGUUAGAUGAUCUGAUUCUAAUCUGAUCCUAUUGUUCUGUUCGAUUAGAAAUUCGAUUUCAGAAAUGGAGCAAUGACCAAGGGCAAUGAACAGCUUUUCUCUCAACGCCAAUCAUUAUUGAAGUUUGCUCCCAUACAAUGCACAAAGGAGAGAAGGCUAGUUAUUGCUUGGCUUGUCUAAUAUCGCUGGUGGAGCAAGCGAGAUAUCUACAAUUUCGGAAUUGGCCUGUUGAGUGGGGGUGGUGUCGAGACCUCCAAUCAUUUAUAUUUGUUUUUGAAAGACAUAACAGAAUAGUGCUGGAACGUCCCGAAUGUGGCUAUGCAACAUACUUCUUUGAGUUUUUGGAUUUUCUGCCCAUCAAUUGGCAGAUCAAGCACUUGGUGACUGCAAUGAAGCUUCCUAGCUGUAGUGGGGUUACCCUGAUUGAGAAUAAAGCAUUAUUGGUGUUUCUUCUAGAGGAGGCGCCGGGGCAACAAUGUCUGGUGAUACCACCUCUGUCUUGAAGGCUUGGUGGCAAUCACAUUCCAAGUGGCCAUACCCAAUGUAAGUGUUUGCUUAUCACUCCUUUAGACCGUGUGUUCAGUUUGGUGAAUGGGAAGCACAAUGAACUAUUUAUUUGAAUGGG